CCGUGUAUAGGAGAACUGUCUGGAGGGGGACUUCGAUUCAAUCAGGAGGAGAGAGCGCACGUCACAUGGCCCCGUUGUCUUUCUGUCACAUGAAACCCCUCCCCUUUCCGUCCAGUCACGUGUCUCAUCCUACUCCGCUCAGUUGUUGUUUUGGAUAGGCUCCCUCAUGAUUUAACCGGAAUGAGUCUCUCGUAAGAACACGUUGUUUAACGUAGGCUAUGCAUACACUUAUUUAAGAAGAAAGGUGAAGAAUGACACGAAUUAUUCGAUUCCAUAGCCAUAUGUAUAGGCUAGUCUUUGCAUAGCUGGUUACUUUGUAGAGGUUGCGCUCCUAUUCUGUGUUGCACUUUGGGUUGUAGCCUUAAUCGGUAUCGGCGGCGCUACUUUUUGUAUCGUUUGGACUCAGUCCUUUGCGUGAAAAACACUUUGAUGCCCCCAUUUGCACUAUGGACGGAGAGGGUUGUAGAUUGAAUGGUGAAGGUCGAGUGGGUGGAAGAGAUGGAGGCGUUGAAGCGGGCUCGCAGUCUCACCACUCUGGACUUAUAACCCUGGAGGACCUCGAGUCUUUUACCGGCGACCUCGACUCCGACUUCAGCGGCAGCCCGGCGGGAGACAACGGAGAGGUCAUGGACUUCGAAGAGCCAGAUCAGCUGUUGAAUUACUGGCAGGAAAUCGGUAGAGGACACCGUGUGAACAUACCCCAAGACAUGGCCGAACCAAUCCAGCAGCUGACCAUGGAAAUGGACACCAGCCAGGAGCGAGAGAGAGUCCCCUUCACAGUCCUCAAAUGCCUUGACAAGGUGCAGGUGGAUAAGCGGCGCUACGAGAAGACGGUGUGGGCGUGCAUCACCAUGAGGGAGGAGACGUAUGAGCAGAGCAUCUGCGCCGGCUUCAUGAAGAUCAUGCGCUUCAUCUGCCAGCAGAACUCCGCAGGAACCUAUCUGGGCAUGACCAUCCCCAUAGUGACGGUGGUUCAGACAGACACGUCCCGCAGUGCUCUGGCGCCAGAGGUCACGGUGGCGUACUGCAUCCCCGAGCAGUACCAGGACCAGCCCCCGAUGCCCUUUGACCCCGAUAUCACCAUAGAAACAUGGCCUUCAGCAGUGGUCUACACCAGAGAAUUCAGCGGCAGCACUAAUGAGGCGUCCAUUCUGGAGCAGAUCCAGAUUCUAGUCGCAGCUUUGGACUCCGCAGACCUGAAUCUCAGUCUUGGCAUCUCGUUCAUUGUGGCUGGAUACACCAGCCUUGCAGCCACCCACCGCCACAACGAGAUCUGGUUUGUGGAUCGAGGGGGAGCGUGAGAGUUUGUGCUCAUAGUCCCUCCUACUCCCACUGCAAACUGGCUCUGGUCCAGGCACAACGCCACACCAGAACAGAGCCAGACACAUUCCAGAAUCACUGACUCUUUUACCCCAUUGGUUUCUUUGUCAUUCUACCUCAAUUCCAGAAUUUUGAGAAUUUAUCAACAAUCCACACACCUGACUCUGGAGCUCUACCUUGACAACGGUACACUCGGACAGUGUGUGAAUCUGUGAACACUGUUGUCAUACUGCUGUUGUCUUAUGCUGCUUGGGUAGGAUUCUCUUCUUGUGUUGUCCCCACUGUGCAGCUAGCAGUUUAGGCCUCCUGUUCAUUUGAGUGCACCUAGUGUUGGCAGCAUUGGAAUGAGGAAUCCUGUGUUGCUCCUGACACCUCUGAGUGGAUAAAUCCACAUCAUAGAGGCUUUUGGCAUAUGUAGACUGUUCCUCACACACAUAGCUGUGCACACUGUUUACACUGUGAUAAGGUGUAUGUCAGCAUAUGGCUCUUUAAAUACCAGCACACUCUUUAACAGAUCGGCCUCACAGUCAACUGAUGUGCCAUUUGUACUGUACACACACUACACUUGCAUUAACGGACCCGUGCCACCUCCGAAUUGUGUCCAUGUCCUAGAUUUUGGUUGUAUGAAAUGUAGGCCUCACACUACUACUUGUAUAUUAGUGUAAGAUAUUCAGAGUUUAUUCAGAGUAUAUAGGAAAUGUUAUUUCAUCGUAUUAAUGAUUGACAUGUUCUCAGACAGAAGAAAUGUAUUUUGAUAUUUGUAUAACCGUUAUCUGUACACAUAUUCCAUAUAUUUUUGAAAUACCUUCUUGAACACAGGGUGCGAAACCAAAACCAAAUGUGUGCCACUUCUUAAUGUUGCGGCAAGAGAUUUUGACUAUUCUGGCUACAAUUAAAUUAUACUUCCAUUCGGACAUGUGUCAUGGUUUUAGAAAGACACAACUGUUGAGUCUUAUACACUCCAGCGCCAGCGCCAGUUUCCACAUGAGAACACAUAAAGAAUUUCUCAGUGGUUAUGGUUAAAAUAAACUGUUGGUGUAAGUCAGUGUUAUUUAAAACUGAGAAACUGAAAACUGAAUCCAUAUGCUGACAGGCAGGAGGAAGCUGUCCAGAUACGAGAGGGCAGCUACUUCCUCCUCAGGGCACCUACUUCCUCCCGAGGAGGCGCUGUGGACCCUCUCACAUACUAGACAGGAGAGAGCUGGGGGCUUUAAGCAGGGAAGCAGGGAAGUGUGUGUGUAAACCACACAGUAUUUAAAAGGCAGUACGUGCAAUGGGUCCAAUUAAAGUCCUUUUAAAAUGAAGGAUACUUAAAACUAUUUAAAAUUAAAACACAUACUUAAACCGAUCUCGUCAGGUUCGGGAGGAAAAUUGUUCUAAUAAGUAAGCAAUGAAGGGCCUUCUCAGCUAUGCUUGCUUAACACAGCAGGGUGUCUGUUUGCCGCACCAUAGUUUCAUGUUUUGUGAACGCAGCCCAUAGAAAUAUAAAACACAGUCUAUGAUGCAGACUAUUGAAAUAUAAGAACGCAGUCUCUGAUCCAGCCCAUAGAAAUAUAGAACGCAGUCUCUAUUGCAGCUCAUAGAAAUAUAAGAACACAGUCUAUGAUGCAGACUAUUGAAAUAUAAGAACGCAGUCUCUGAUCCAGCCCAUAGAAAUAUAGAACGCAGUCUCUAUUGCAGCUCAUAGAAAUAUAAGAACACAGUCUAUGAUGCAGACUAUUGAAAUAAGAACGCAGUCUCUCCAUGUCUUGUAACCUCAUCCUCGUCAGGGAUGGGCCACUCACACCUGAGGGAAUAGAAUGGAUAACACACAUACACUCAUACUAACACAUACACGCACCAACAUACACUAACACACACAGACACACACACUCACACUAACACACACUAACUAUGGGGGUAGAAUUGUCUCAUAAAGAUUUGUUUAUGGUUAUGGUAUUUAGAAGACACUUUUGUCCAAAGCGACAUACAAAUAACAACAAUACAAUAGUUACAUUUAAAGUAGUAAACUUUAAAAAUAGUAGUAAACAAUUAAAAAAGUUGGUAAGACUCAAUCAAUAGCCUAAUGAAAAUAAAUAAAGACUAUAAUAGACAAACCAUAACAGAAAACUAAGUGCAUGUUGAACAGAUAUGCCUUUUAGCUCGAUUGUCAGCAUGCUCAACUCCCGAUCCGCGGUGCUGCUGUUUGUGACUUCGCUGUCUCUAAAACAGAAACAUGAACCCUUGAAUAUUAUCUUUCACUCUUUCGUGCAAAGAACUAAAGAAGAUUUGCUCUCGGAGCCCCCCUACGGUUGAGAAGCAUAGUUGUCUGUUACCACUGUACAGCACGAAAUGUGUGUCUAUGUAACAAAUUCUAAACAUUACUCUGAUACGAUAUAGAGGGAAUGGAUGGACAGCAGUGUAGAACGAGAGCUCCUAAUUCCGGCAAGUAUCUAUUUGUACACUACAGUCUAUCAUUGUUUUAUGGAGAUUCAAAUGGAAUGCUGCCACUCAAGUCGUCUCUUUGUCACUUAGUGAUAGUAUCCACGGUGACUUAUGCUGUGACAUGUGGAAGGGGUAAAAAGCUCUUUAGUGCUGUUUUAACUACUGCUGCUUUUACUUCUAGAGUCUGCUUGUGAGUGCAUCUUCUUGUUUCAGUGUAUGUACUGGUUUGGUUCAGAGUGAUGUUUUAGCUAAGUUCUGCCUCUGUCUCAUUUCUAUCACAGUGUCUUGUGAUGAUGUUGUGGACCAAGUCAUGUGGGAAGUUGCUGUUUGCGGACAGUGACCCCAUGUUCUCUUAAGUGUCUCUUAGAGAUGUCAGUAGUGUUGUGUUUAUCCAAAUCUCAUAUUUCUCAUCUUGACAUGUGUAAUAAUUUGUACAUCAUCAUACGCUAUAUAGACAAAAUUGCACCUUUAACUUUACUCCUGCAUUGCAAAGAUAUAUGACCAGCAGAGCACCUCAUUGUGUUAUUUUGUAGUGCAUUUUACAGAUUUUGGUUGUAAUAGGAAACCUUGUCUCUGUGAUAAGCUAUGCUAUAGAUUUGUAUGCUGUAGAAGUCGCACUAUGCUGUAUGCAUUAUGCUGUAUGCUAAUGCUGCAAAGCACUUUGGAAGCUGAAAAACUAACCAACCUUUCAGAUUUCACACUAUUCUGUUUAUUCUUUUCAUAUAGUACACACAUUUUCCAGUUUCCAAUUAAGGUGUUUAUUAUAACAGUAGCAAUUACAGGAAGUUUAUACAGCAAGUUUAUAUGACAAAAUAACUAGGCUACAAAAGAUUUGUUCUUUGGUUUUAUUUUGCAAACAUUGACACUGGCAUGAUGAAUAUAAACACAUGUCUAAAGCUUGGCAUACUAGGUUUUUGAAAAGAAAUGAUGUUCUCCUGAAAUAAAGUACAUGCUGUGUU